AUGCUGAGCCUGAAGCUCCCCAGGCUGCUCAGCAUAGACCAGAUGCCCCAGGUGUUCCAUGAGCAGGGCAUUCUCUUUGGCUACCGACAUCCGCAGAGUUCUGCCACUGCCUGCAUCCUCAGCCUUUUCCAAAUGACCAAUGAGACCCUCAACAUCUGGACUCACUUGCUGCCUUUCUGGUUCUUCGUGUGGAGGUUUGUGACGGCACUGUAUGGGAUAGAUGUCCAGAACGACAGCUACUCCUGGCCUCUGCUCGUGUACAUGAGCACCAGCUGUGUGUACCCCUUAGCCUCCAGCUGCGCACACACCUUCAGCUCCAUGUCCAAGAACGCCCGGCACAUCUGCUACUUCCUGGACUACGGCGCUGUCAACCUUUUCAGCCUGGGCUCGGCCAUCGCCUACUGCGCCUAUUCGUUCCCGGACACGCUGGUGUGCACCCCCUUCCGGGAUUACUACAUGACCCUGGCCGUGCUCAACACCAUCAUCAGCAUUGGCCUCUCCUGCUACUCCAGGUUUCUGGAGCUCCACAAGCCCGGCCUCUGUAAGAUGCUCCGCAUCCUCGCAUUUGCUUAUCCCUACACCUGGGACUCUCUCCCCAUCUUCUACCGGGUAUUCCUGUUCCCAGGGGAGAGUCCACAGAACGAGGUCACCCUGUACCACCAGAAGCACGUGGUCAUGACUCUCCUGGCCACUUUCUUCUACUCCGCACACCUGCCGGAGCGCCUGGCCCCGGGAUGCUUCGACUACAUCGGUCACAGUCACCAGCUGUUCCACGUGUGUGUGAUCCUGGCUACGCACAUGCAGAUGGAAGCCAUACUUCUGGACAAGACUCUGAGGAAGGAAUGGCUCGUUGCCAAUGCCAGGGCCCUGUCUUUCCCUCAGAUAGCAGGAGCCAUACUUCUGUGCCUCAUCUUCAGCCUCAUCAACAUAAUUUAUUUCUCAUCUGCUCUGUAUCGGAUGCCUGAGCCAGAAUUACAUAAAAAAGAAACAUGA